AUGCAUAAUACAGAAAACAAAAAAAUGAAUAUGAAAUUUAAAUUAAAUUAUGGAGAUAAAAAAAAUGUUAUCAAUUUAAAUUUACGAAAAGGUAACGAAAACGAGACAAAUAAUACACAAAAAUCGAGUCCUAUUAGUAGUAGUGGAAACAAACAAACUAGCAAUAAUAUUAGUGGGAGCCAAGUAGCUAAUCGAAAUAUAGUGGAAAAAAAUAAUUUUAAAAAUUCAACAAAAAAUAUAAAAAUAAAUUUGGCUAGCUCAAGCCUUAAUAAAAAUAAUAUUAACACACAACGCAAUAAUAUUAUUAACGAGUCAUAUUUUUUAAAAAAUGAUAAUAAUUUAAACUCCAAUUUAAAUAGUGGAAAUAAUGAGAGUGUUAUAAGUAUUGGUAAUAGUCCAAGUAAUGUUAGUAACAUAAAUAGUGGAAAUAAUAAUAAUGAUCAUCAUUCUUUUUUUAAUUCUAAUAUAAAUAAUUAUAAAAAUAAAAUAAAUGGUAAAACUGAUAUAUAUACAUUUGAAAAAACAAAUAUUAACGACAAUAUAAAUAUUAAUGAUGGGUUAAAUAGUAUUUUACAUAGUGGAGAAAAUAUAAAUGCAAGUGACAUAUUAUAUAAUAAUAGUGGAAAUAUUAAUGAUGGGCAAAAUAAUAGUAAUGUUAGUUUAUUUUUAAAAAAUAAUAAACAAAUAAUAUCAAAUAAUUUAAAAAUUUAUUAUAAAAAUGAAUUAAUACCAUAUUCUUUUUUAUAUCAUAAAAUAUUAACCAUAUUAAAAUCACAUUAUAAUAAUCAUAUUAGUAAUAAUCCAACAGUUGCAAAUAAAGGUAUAUCUUUUUUUCAUGUAGAAAAUAUGUUAAUUAAUUUUGGGUUUAAAGGUGUAGAUAUAAACAAUCAUUCUUUAUUAAGUUAUUUAGCCUCAUCAAAACAAAUUAAAAUUGAUUUGAAUGAAAAAAGAAUUUGUUAUAUAAACCCAUAUACAGAUAUUACAAAUAUAACAGCGUUAUUAAAUAAAAUUAAUAAGCAUGGUUUUUUAUAUGGUUAUGAAAUUAAUGAUGAUUUAAUCAAUACAAAUAAAGAAAUAUAUAAAUGGGUAAAUACAUUAUUAUAUGAAAAAAAAAUACGUUGUAUACGAUCAAAUAAUAGCCAUUUAAGAGGAAAAUUAAAAUGUAAAAAUUUACCAACUUUUUGUGAUAUAUAUUCAAAAAAUAAAUGUGAUAAUUGUUUUUAUAAUUUAAAAGGGUAUAUAUUUUUUCCACUUUCAUAUCAACAUAUAGAAAAUGAAAGAUAUUCAAUUACAAACGAUAUCAAAAAUUUAUGGGAUAAUAUUAACCUUCCAAAUUUAGAUAACAUUUUAAAAGAAUAUAAAUUAAAAUCUACAAAUAAAAUAUUCUCAAAUGACAAUGCUCCAAAACGAAAAAAUAAAGAUGAUAAAUUUACACCAAUCAUUAAAAAGAUGAAACGAAUAUAUAACACUCAUUUAUUCACAGCUGAUGAAAUUAAAAAUGAGUUUAUCCAAAAAAAAUGA